CUCCGCGGCGCGCGGCACAUCGGUGUGACACCGCUCGUACCUGAGGACUGAAAGUACCUGUGGAUCCUCGCCUGUCAGCAGCACCAUGGGGAUCUCUGCGUCCAGCCUGCUGGAUGAAGCCAAAUCCAACUACAUCAGAGAUCAGGUUGAAGCUGAGCUGAGGGAGUUCGGUCCGUACUACAGGAAGCAGUUCUCCGUGGCCUGGUUCAACAAGGUGGAGGAUGACCUGGAACAGAACAAGCAGAAGAUCACACAGCUGCUCAAACAGAGGGCAGCUCCUGAGGACAGUAAGGUUCUGUAUGAAGAGGGCAUCCUUUACUUUGAUGACUCCAGGAAAUGGAAGGAAAGAUACGUGGUGGUGAGAGCCAACUACUCCCUGGAGUGUCAUGACAGCCUGGAGUCUUUUCUUAAAGGGGCUCCUCCCUGCCACAAGCUCCUGCCAACAGGAGGCACCGUUCUGACCACAGAGGAGAUGUACAUGGCCAUGGUGGACAAAUGUUUUCCUGGCGACAGCAAUGUGAAGGAGGAUUUCGCACCGCCUCUGUCGGGGAUGCCGGGUCAAUUCCCCGUCUACCUCCGUCUCCCCUACAGGCGGGACUCGUACUUUUGCUUCCGGCAGCAGGCCAAACAGGCCACCUUCAUCUCCAUCCUGUCAGACUGCAUCAGACACCAGAACCAAGAUUUCCUGAAGAAGAAGACGUGUGAAGUUCAGGCCUUCCUCAAAGCCAUCCAGCUCUACAGACAGGACAAAGACAAAUACGAGGCGUGGGACAUGCUAAUAGGAAGCGACGUCAGGGUGAUGGCCAAUCAGGUGAUGGAGCAGCUGCUGCCGUCUCUGGAGAAGGACAUGCUGCCUCGCCUCAAAGCCAAGAAGAGUGAGAAGAAGAGAGUUUGGUUUGUUACACUGGAGGCUGCAUACAUUCUGGUCCAGGAGCAUUUGCUGGAGAAGCUUUCAGAAAUGAAGGAGGAGUGUCGGGUGUCGGUCCGGAAGCAGGAGGUGCUGAUCCACUCUGACAUGGACCAGAUCCUGAACUCCAGAAGGCAGCUGGAGGAGAAAAUCAGAGCCAAAGUCUCCGAACCAGCAGAGAAGCUGUGCUCCGAGUCCAUCCAGCCGUACCUGGGCUCAGUCCUGGAGGAGCUGAUGAAACCGAUCAGCUUAGGCUUCCUGGAAGGGCGGCAGCUGAUGGAGACCAUGAUGGACCAGGUGUGUCGGAACGCCCUGGAGUGUGAGGCUGAUGAACAGAUCAAGAAGGCUCUGAACAGCAUGUCGAGACCAAACCUGGUGAACUGCUACCUGAAGAUCGCCUCGCUGGAGGACGCGCUGCACCAGCUGAAGGAGAGAUUUGGCUUCUCCAACGUCAAAGGGAUGAUACAGAGCGCUCAGAUCGACUUGCAGCAGCUGAUGCAGAAUGCAGCUUACACUUUUGAGCUGCUGCUCAACGAUGUCGUUAAGGGACACUCCAAUGACGCCGGCACCACCGUCGAAAAGGCCAAACACAGAGUCCUCAAGCAAUUCGACUAUGACAGCAGCACAGUGAGGCAGAGGAUCUUCCAGGACGCUCUGGUUUCCAUUACGCUGCCCGUCAUCAAGAGAAACCUGGCGCCCACCUGCAAAGAAGAGCUUCAGGGUCUUGAACAAACCAUCUACUCCGACUAUGCUGACUUCGUUCACGUAGAGAACGUCUACGAGAAAAUCCUCCUGCAGAUCCUGGACGCGGAGGCCUCCAAAGUGGUGAAGGAGGCGGUCGACCUCAAGAAGCACAACCUGCUCACAGAGAGCGACCUGGCCAGGCAGUUCAGCCGCUCCAGCCUCUCCUCCAGCCCCUCCUCCACCCCCAACAGCCCCGAACUGACACAGUCCUCCGGCAAACAGGCCACGCCUCCGUCUCCUCUGGCGGUCAACGGUUUGCCUCCCAGCCCACAGAAAAAAGUGCAGCAGGAGGUGCUGCUCAGGGAAGCAGCUCAGGCUCCAUCAGAGAAGGUGGAGCUGACCAAAGAGCUGGCUGCUGGUCAGGAGAAGGAGGCGGAGUCACUCACAAAAGAUGGGAAAACUGAUGAACUUCAAACUUCCACCUCAGUAGAAACUCCUCAAACUGAGACUCAAAAUCUGAAGGCAGAGAUUUCUGCUCCAACCAAAGACCCUCCAACAGCAGCUGAGCAAGAAAACCACGACUGUCAAGAGCCCAAACUCCUGCCAGCAGCUAGUGAUGAGACAAUGACCCAAAGAGAGAGCUCAAACGCUAAGUUAGAGGCGCCGCCUAGUGGUACAGCUGCAGAAGACGUUGCUCUCCAACUGCAAGUGGAAAAAUCCGAAUCGGGUGCCAUCUCAGACCCAAAUUCUCUGGACGUGUCUGUUGGAAGUGAGUCGACCCGGUCCGAUCCAGAGUCCACCGACGACGUCUCAACCACCUCCGACACCUUGGAGGCGACUGACCCACACGCCAAAGCUGAAGCAGAAGUCGCUCCCUCCCAAACGCCGGAGGAAGAGGUGAGCGGGGACGUGGAAGUGAAGGACAGCAGUGAAACCAGCGCCGACGUGAAAGCCACAACGACCUCUGACCUCUCUGAGGUCGCUGAGCCGCCGGCUCCAUCUCAAGCAGAGGUGAGCGUCGUUUCUGAAAACAUCAUAAAAGUGGAUGAUACAUCCCCAACCGACGCCAAGGCGCCGGCGCUGGACAGCGUCAAAGAGAUCCGCAACCUGGUGAUGGAGGUGAUUGAGGUGGAGCAGCCUGUGCAUCUUUACCCAAAUCCAUCCGCCCAGGAAGAGUGACAGGAACCACAAGAGCUUCUUACAACAUUAAAAAAAAAUAUGCAUGAAAAAAAGUAACUAAUUUAUACACCAGCAUAUAUAAAGCAUUUCUGCUCCUCUCUGUCACACUUUUAACAAACAUAACUGCUUUUAUUUUUUUUCUUCUGGAUGUUCCUGACAACACAGAUGAAGAACGUUGUCUUUUUUAAAAUUACUCCUGAAGUUUGACUCUUGAUUUACUCUGUCGAGGACAAAGACUGUAAGGAUGACGAGUUUCGACAAAGUUGGAAUAACAAGCCAGUUUAUUAUUUUUUUAAUAAGAUAAUUGAUCCCGGUGUGGGAAAGAAUGUUGUUUGAACCUAAAAAGGUGCAUGAAACCUUCAAGAUGUAUAUGUGUUCAAAGGAAAACGUUCAGUGCAAGAAAUCCACGCCAACUUUUAUGAAGAGAAAAUAAACUCACUGGAUUUUUGAUCUGUAGCUCAUUCAAAUACAUUUUUUGUACUUGUAAUUGUGUAUUCACACGUACACUUGAAUAUUAAAAAUGUACAAAUAUAAAUUAUUAAACAAUUUGCGGACGCACAACUUGAAAUUACGGCAGCAGAAAACUAACAAUGAAUGUUGCUAAACAUACAAAUCUUUUAAUAGUACGCACUAAUCGCCUGAUAUAAACAUGAAAAAACGUAUUUAUGAACAGAUCAGUGCUACGAGUGUACGAUGGGGUCAUCAGAGUUUUCUUAUCAGCCACUUUGAACUUAUGAAUAUCUACUUAAACUUGACAUUUUGCCACUUUUGUAAACAAACCAACCCUGAUAAUUAAAUUUAGAAAAUCAUGGCCAUGUUUUGUCAUGUUCGGUUUUCCCGGUCACUCUUACUACAUUCAAGGUUAAUCAUUCACAGCUGUCUUCAAUUAGUUAAUCAGCCUCAGUGUAUUUUAGUGUCUGGUUUUCAGUUCAUCUGCUUUGUUCUGUUACUAUUCUGCUCUCUGUGGGUUUUUCUCAUGAUUUGGUUAAUUGAUUAAAUGUUUUAAGUUCCUGUCACUAAGCCUGAUCUCCAGCGUUUGAGUCCCUCAUCCGCCAUUCCUGACAUGUUUGAAGAUCAGAGCUCCAGGAAGAGCUUCAUGUUGGAGGCACUGCCGAAAACUUAUAAACAAAAAAGUGCUUUAAAAAAGAAAAAAAAAAAAAUCUUAAUUAUUGGGGUAUAUUUGUUUAAAACAGUAGAAAAAUGUCAAGUUUUUACAAGAUAUUUUUCCCAAUAUAAUUUCAAAGUCUGAUAACAAAACUCCAAUGACCCAGCUUUCUAGCAGCAUUUAAAUGCAUCGGUUACACAUAAAAGGAGACCCACAUCCCAUCAUGCACUUGUAACUAAUCUGUGUGUAAAUGUGGUUAUGUCUGUGUAUUAAACGAUUGGUGCUUACUAUUUACACAUUUGUAUGAGUAAUUAGUAGUAGCAAUUAAAGUUGUACCUGCGUUAAUUUUAUUUCAUAUUUGUACGUUUUCAUAUUCGAGUGUACAUGUAAAUAACAAUUGGAAGUACACACAGUAAAUGCAUUUUAUGAGUUACGAAUAAAAAAUCAUGAACACACAAAUCUAAAGUCACACACAAACAGGUGGACACAAGAAUGACUCUCACACAAAUCCAGUGAGUCUAUUUUCUCUACAUACUUAGAAAUGUGUCCUGCAGCUUUAUUAAAGCAGCUCAAUGCGUAUGUUAACUAUUUAAAGGUCAACCUGCUACACAGGAGGUCGGGACAACGUCUACACAACCAUAGCAGCCUAAAACACAAAAAUGCCACAUCAGCAGGAAACCUGACCAAUACAUGCUUUACUCUGAUAUAUGAUUACAUUAAAAACAAAUAGAAACUUUUAUCAUUCAUAGCUGAAAUCAUUUUUCAACAUUUGGUGAAAUUUUUAAAGCUGUGUGUUUUACAACAAAACUUUUUUUUUUUAAAACUUUUGAUGAUCACCACUACAGCUUUAUUAUUCUAAAGACCUCUAAAUUCCUAUUGUUUAUCAAAACAUAAAAAAUGCAACAUUAUUAUUAUUUUUUUUAAGUUGUCAGAGUUCAGCAUAGAAAGAAAAUGCAUGAAAGGCUGAGUUCCUUUGUUGGAUUACCUUCACUUUGCCUCCACGUGCCUUUCAUCUCACAGCAAAGGAAUCCGGCCUUCUGCAGAGGGAUGCGGUCGUCAUAGCAACACCUCACUUAAACAAGUGCCUUUCAGUUAUCCAGUCUUUCUCAAGUGUUUCACAUUGAUUUAUGGAAGCUUUGUGGAAAUAAUAAAAUUAACAAAUAAAAUUUCAUAAAAUUUAAA